AUGAGUUUGACUCUUCCAUCAUCGUCACCAUCGUCAAACUUUCAUCGUUCACAUUCUGAUCGUGAUCUUCAAUCUAAUGAACGUCGUUCAGCUCGACCUCGUAUAGCAAGUGCAUCAUCAUCAACAUCAAAUAUUCCUUUACAAAUAACAACAACAACUUCAACAUUACUGGUAAAUUCUUCUGUACCACCAUCACCACUUCUUUUACCAUGGGAUCGUUUACAAAAAUGGUUAUAUGGUAUUGCUGUUGUUACAUUUGAUCUUGAAUUAGGACAGUCAAUUGAACUUCUAUUACCAAAUCAUUGUAAAUUAACCGAUAAAGAAAAAUUAAAUUUAUCUUAUUUAUCAUUUCCUGAUGCAAAUUCAACAUUUCUUGGUGAUACACAAUAUCAUUUUCGUAUAAAACAUGAAUCAACUUUACCAACAUAUUAUCAAUAUUAUAAUUCAAUUGUUCCACCAGCAUUACAAGUUGAUAAUAAUUCAUUAUUUGGUUAUGUACAUUUUCGUCAAAUACGUGAUAAAACAGUGAAACGUGGUUAUUUUCAAAAAUCACUUGUACUUUUAUCUAAAUUACCAUUUAUAUCAUUAUUUCUAUCAAUUGUUAGUCAACUUGGUCCUAAUUAUUUUCAAUAUGGUUUAACUAGUUUAGAAACAUGUUGUCAUUUAAUGGAUCAUCAAUGGCCUGAACCAGAACCAGGAAAAACAUUAUUAUUACCAUUAUUAGGUAAUGUACUUCAAGUACGUAUUCCAACACAUGGUGAUAAACCAUUUUCAUCAUCAGAUCUUAUACAAUUUCGUUCAAUUGUCAAUGAAAGUAUGUCUUCAAAUAAUACUAAUUCAUAUAAAUAUCCUAUUGAUGAUAAUACAGAUAUUGAUACAUCAUCAAGCAAUAAUUCUCUACCUAAUAAACAACAAAAUUCAACGGUUAAUAAUAAUUAUACAUAUACAUCAUUUGAAUUUCAUCAAAAACAUGAACAACAAUUACCAUGUUUAAUUCCAUUUGUACAUGAUGUUAAUACAUAUCAAUCAUUAUCUUCUGUUCUAACACAUAUUCAACUACUAUGGGAAUUAAUUUUAUUAAAUGAAUCAAUUGCUAUUCUUGGAUCGUUUCCAACUAAUUGCUCACAAACUGUACAAGCACUUGUCCAUAUAAUUUGGCCAUUAAGAUAUGCAUCUGAUUACCGUCCAUUUUUUACUAUUCAUAACAGUGAAUUUCAAGAGAUUACAUUUAAUGCUUCCAAAAAAUCAUCCAGUAAAACAUCAUCUCAAAUCUUAUCACAACCAUCUAUAAUAAUUGGUGUAACAAAUCCAUUUUUUGCUAAACUACUUCAUCAUUGGCCACAUAUCAUUCGUGUUGAUGAUAAUCAACAAGAUCGAAUGAAAUCUAAACAAAUUGAAAAUUUUCUUAUCAUAGAAGAUAAUUCGCCAACUAAUGAACAUGAUGAUAAUAAUAUAAAUCUUUCAACUUCUCCACAAACAAAAACAAUAAUGAAAAAAUUUCCUACGAAUUCUAAACCAUAUAAACGUACACGUACAACAAGUAAUAAUUCAUCACAUUUAACAUUCGAUAUGAAACCUGGUUUAUAUACAAAAUAUAAACCAUAUUUACAACGUGAUAAAACUAUAUUAAAAAAACUUCAAUCAACUAAUUCUCAACAACGUCCUGAUACAGUUCAAAAUGCUUUAAUACGUCGGUUUUUUCUUGAAUUAACACAAAGUUUUAUUAUUCCACUUGAACGAUAUUUUGUUAGUCUUUUACCAUUACGUAAAUAUUAUCAAGUUAAUCGUAAACCACCAACAAUCAAAGAUUUUGAUAAUGAAGAAUUUCUUAAAACACUCGAUCAAUAUGGACCACAAUUAACAUCAGGUUUAAAAGGUGAUUGGAAAGAUUUAUAUAAACAUUUUUUAUCAACGCCAAAUUUUCGUCAAUGGUUAUGUGAUCGACAACAAGAAGCAAAUGCAAAAAUUUAUUCAUUAUAUAUUGAAACAAUAGCUAAUUGUCGUUUAGAAGAAGAUUUAAAACUUUCGAAAUUAAGUGAAGUUGAAUUAGUUGAUUUAUUAUUAAAAUUUCAUGAUUUAAUACAACGUUUAGAAUCCAAAACUGAUGAAUUAUUAUUAACAGUUGACGAAAUUCUAAAAAAUGAUUAUUUAGAUAAAUUAAAAAUAAAAAUAAAAGUAAUUAUUGAUGAAAAAUUAUCUGAUGAUAUGAAAUUAUUAUUCAAUAAACAAGUUAAAAUAACUACAUAUUAA